AUGGCUACAUCUGCAAGGGACAUAAAGCCCCAUCAAGAUGCCUCUCAGAGCUUGAACUUCUCCACCUCUCCCACUACUUCUUUUCAGUCUGCGCCCUCCAGUCACGGAGGAUCAGUGUUGGGAAGCCGCACAAUCCCUCUAGCCAAUGCGAAACACUUGAAGCCCUUCGCCACGGAGGAUAUCAAGGUCCUGCUUCUGGAAAACGUUAAUCAAACCGGCAGGGACAUUCUCACCAAACAGGGUUAUCAGGUGGAAUUCCUCAAAUCUUCUCUCCCAGAAGAUCAGCUCAUUGAAAAAAUUCGGGAUGUACAUGUGAUCGGAAUCCGUUCGAAGACAAAGCUGAGUGCUCGUGUCUUGAAGGAAGCCCGCAACCUCAUUGUCAUUGGUUGUUUCUGCAUCGGAACCAACCAGGUUGACUUACAAUAUGCAGCCGAUCAUGGUAUUGCAGUUUUCAACUCGCCGUUUAGCAAUUCUCGGAGUGUUGCCGAGUUGGUUAUAGCUGAAAUCAUCGCCCUUGCCCGUCAAUUGGGUGAUCGUUCCAAUGAGAUGCACAACGGAACGUGGAACAAAGUCAGCAACAAGUGUUGGGAAAUUCGCGGAAAGACCCUUGGUAUAAUCGGUUAUGGCCAUAUUGGCGCUCAAUUGUCGGUUCUAGCAGAGGCCAUGGGUAUGUCAGUUAUCUUCUACGAUGUUGUUAACCUUAUGGCUUUGGGUACUGCUCGCCAAGUGCCGACCCUCGAAGGUCUUUUGUCCGAGGCAGACUUCAUCACAUGCCAUGUUCCUGAGCUUCCAGAAACACGGAAUAUGAUAGGACAACGCCAAUUCGAACAAAUGAAGACUGGUAGUUAUUUGAUUAACGCCAGCCGAGGGAGUGUUGUAGAUAUCCCUGCUCUAAUCCACGCUAUGCGGUCUGGCAAGGUUGCCGGUGCUGCGCUUGAUGUCUACCCCAAUGAGCCUGCUGGCAAUGGUGAUUAUUUCAAUGAAGGCCUCAAUGAGUGGGCGACAGAUUUAAGGAAUCUUAAGAAUUUGAUUCUCACUCCGCAUAUUGGUGGUAGCACAGAGGAGGCGCAGCGUGCAAUUGGAAUUGAGGUUGCGGAGGCCUUAGUGAGAUAUGUUAAUGAAGGCACAACACUGGGGGCUGUUAACAUCCCGGAGGUUGCUCUGCGGUCCUUGACAAUGGAUGAGCCCAACCAUGCCCGGGUCAUCUUUAUUCAUCAAAAUGUUCCGGGUGUACUACGGAAAGUGAACGAAAUCCUUGGCGAUCACAAUGUCGACAAGCAAAUGACUGAUAGCAGAGGUGAUGUGGCCUACCUAAUGGCUGAUAUCAGCAACGUCGACAAUACGACAAUCAAGGAUUUAUAUGAGAGGCUUGAGAGCCUCGGAUCUCGAAUCAUGACCCGCAUCUUGUACUAA